UCCGCCGUUAAAAGCGGAUCCUCGCAAGAGGCGGUGUCGCGAGGCAUGAAUAUUGAUGACGCAGCGCCGCGCCGAGCACCGCCCUUCUCGGCUUCCCGACGCUCGCACCUCGCGCUCGGGCUCGCGAUGGGGAAGAAGUCCCGGGUGGUACCCGGCCGAAGGCCUAUCCUGCAGCUCUCUCCGCCGGGUCCCCGGAGCAGCACGCCGGGCCGGGACCCGGAGCCCGAACCCCUCUCUUGUGUUCGUUUUCCAAAUCCAGAUGAACAGGAAGUGGUGGUGGAGGUUCCCAGAGUUCAGAAUCCUCCAAAACCAGUCAUGACCACCAGACUGACCGCUGUGAAAGCAACAGGAGGUUUAUGCUUACUUGGUGCAUAUGCUGAUAGUGAUGAUGAAGAGAAUGAUGUUUUGGAAAAACCAGCACAAUCUAAAGAAGCGAAUGGAAAUCAGUCAACUGAUAUUGAUAGUACAUUGGCCAACUUCCUAGCGGAGAUUGAUGCAAUAACAGCUCCUCAGCCUGCUGCUUCUACAGGAGCUUCUGCUCCACCUCCAACUCCACCUCGCCCAGAGCCAAAGGAAUCAGCAGCAUCUGCCCUUUCUUCCACUACUUCGAAUGGAACAGACUCAACGCAGACAUCAGGGUGGCAGUAUGACACUCAGUGUUCACUGGCAGGAGUUGAGAUUGAGAUGGGAGAUUGGCAAGAAGUUUGGGAUGAGAACACAGGAUGCUAUUAUUAUUGGAAUACACAAACAAAUGAAGUGACAUGGGAAUUACCCCAGUAUCUUGCCACCCAGGUACAGGGAUUACAACAUUACCAACCCAGUUCAGUAACAGGUACUGAAACUAAUUUUGUGGUAAAUACAGACAUGUAUAACAAGGAGAAAAAUAUUUCUGUUGCCAGUAGUAAAAGUGGACCAGUCAUAGCCAAGCGAGAAGUUAAAAAGGAAGUAAAUGAAGGAAUUCAAGCUCUCUCAAAUAGUGAGGAAGAGAGAAAAGGGGUGGCAGCAGCACUGCUUGCUCCUUUAUUGCCUGAGGGAAUAAAAGAGGAGGAAGAGAGAUGGAGAAGAAAAGUAAUUUGUAAAGAAGUAGAGCCAGUCUCAGAAGUGAAAGAAACAAGUACAACAGAAGAAACAGCAGCAAUAGUAAAGCCACAGGAAACUGUAUUGGACAAUAUGGAAGACCCUUCUCAGGAGGAUCUUUGCAGUGUUGUUCAAUCUGGAGAAAGUGAGGAGGAGGAACAAGAUACCCUUGAACUGGAGCUCGUUUUGGAAAGGAAAAAAGCAGAGUUGCGAGCCUUGGAGGAAGGAGAUGGUAGUGUGUCAGGGUCUAGUCCAUGUUCUGAUAUCAGCCAGCCAGCAUCACAAGAUGGAAUGCGUAGACUUAUGUCUAAAAAAGGAAAAUGGAAGAUGUUUGUUCGAGCUACCAGUCCAGAAUCUACCAGCCGGAGUUCUAGCAAAACUGGACGGGAGACUCCAGAAAAUGGAGAAACUGCAAUUGGUGCUGAAAAUUCAGAAAAAAUAGAUGAGCAUUCAGACAAAGAAAUGGAAGUAGAAGAAUCUUCAGAGAAGAAUAAAUUACAAACAGCACCUAAAGUAGAAGAAGAACAGGAUUUAAAAUUUCAGAUUGGAGAACUAGCAAAUACCCUGAUGAGUAAAUUUGAAUUUUUAGGCAUUAAUAGACAGUCCAUCUCCAACUUUCAUGUACUGCUCUUACAGACUGAGACUCGGAUUGCAGACUGGCGGGAAGGUGCUCUUAAUGGAAACUACCUUAAACGAAAACUUCAGGAUGCAGCAGAACAACUAAAACAGUAUGAAAUAAACGCCACUCCUAAAGGCUGGUCCUGCCACUGGGACAGGGAUCAUAGACGAUAUUUCUAUGUAAACGAACAUUCGGGCGAGUCUCAGUGGGAGUUCCCAGAUGGUGAGGAGGAGGAGGAAGAAAGCCAAGCACAAGAAAGUAAAGACGAGACUCUUCCUAAACAGACCUUGAAAGACAAAACUGGCACUGAUUCAAAUUCUACAGCACCCUCUGAGAAUUCCACAGGUUCUCUUUGUAAAGAGUCCUUUUCUGGUCAAGUGUCUUCUUCAUCACUCAUGCCACUUACUCCAUUCUGGACCCUCCUUCAGUCAAAUGUGCCUGUGCUUCAACCUCCAUUACCUUUGGAAAUGCCACCACCUUUUUUUCCUCCUCCUCCACCCCCUCCUCCUCCUGUAGAAGAUAGUGAGAUCCAGGAGGUUGAGAUGGAGGAUGAGGGAAAUGAGGAGCCUCCUGCCCCAGGAACAGAGGAGGAUACUCCAUUGAAACCUUCUACACAAACUACAAUUGUAACUAGCCAGAGUUCAGUUGAUUCUACCACCUCUAGUUCUCCUUCCACUAAAGCUGUAAAAAGAAAAGCUACAGAAAUUAGUACUGCAGUAGUUCAGAGAUCAGCUACCAUUGGUAGUUCUCCAGUCCUAUACAGCCAAUCAGCUAUAGCUACAGGUCACCAGUCAACAGGGACUGGACAACAGUCUGCAGGGAUUGGACACCAGGCAGUAUCAUCAGUUAGCCAUCCAGCAACAGGAAUAGGUCAUCAGGCCAGAGGAAUAAGCUUACAGUCAAAUUACCUAGGACUGGCAUCAGCUUCUGCAAUUAUGAGUUAUGCUGAAUGUUCUGUCCAAAUGGCAGUGACUGCUCCCACAUUGCAGCCAGUCCCGGCUCGAGGUGCUGUGCCUACAACUGCUGUUGUAGAACCACCACCACCUCCACCUCCUCCACCUCCUCCUCCAUCAACACCACCACCAGCUCCCAAAGUGCCACCACCUGAAAAGACAAAAAAAGGAAAGAAAGAUAAGGCAAAGAAGAGUAAAACAAAAAUGCCAUCUCUGGUAAAGAAGUGGCAGAGCAUACAGCGUGAGUUAGAUGAAGAGGAGAACUCUAGUUCCAGUGAAGAGGACAGGGAAUCAACUGCACAGAAGCGAAUUGAAGAGUGGAAACAGCAGCAGCUGGUCAGUGGCAUGGCAGAGAGAAAUGCUAAUUUUGAAGCCCUUCCUGAAGAUUGGCGAGCAAGACUAAAACGAAGGAAAAUGGCACCAAACACAUAAUAUUUUUAAAAAUUAAAAAACAAAUGUUUAUUGGGUGUGUGUGGAUGUGUGUGUGUGUGGAUGUGUGUAUUCAGUUCAGAGUCUUAACCUGUUUUAUGUUGUCAAUAAACUAUAAAUGUUAUGAGGGAGAGCAUAUGAAUUUUGAAUUUCCUGGGCAAGAACAUAACACCUGUAAAGUUUUCACAUUUGGGAAGUGAAAUUUUUUCUGUUUUGCUGAAGGGUAAGAUGACUGCUUUGACCUGGCUGCCUUUGUUCUCUCACUGACAAACUCAGCAUGUUAGGUACAUUAACCUCAUCACUCUGGAACAUGUGGCUCAUGAGUGUGACACCUUUUUAGAGGACACUGACAGAAAGUGAAGGAUUUUUUCUGCCUAAUGGAGGCUCAAUAAGGGUUCCUAGUAUGGUUCUCUCUCUCAUUAACUUCUACUCCAGAACAAGUGCAAUUAAGAAGGCAGCUCUGUAUUCUACCUUGCUUAACUGGGAUUAUCAGAUCUUUCUGACCUUCCUCCAGUCUGCCCCUGGAGUGCUAGGAUAUAUCAAGUCAUUUAUCAUGUGCAAGUAUUCAAUCUCACACAUUCUAGAAUUGAUAGCUGUCAUUUCGUACGCUAGAUGAAAUAUUUAAAUUUCAGUACAGGCAGCAGCAGCAAGUUCGGGUCUUUGAUUUUGAGAAUUUCCCCUUACAUCUGCGGCAGUAAAUGUAACAGAAGUGUUGAUAUUGUCUUAUUCCAAAAUUCACCUCCCUGUCAUGUGUGAACGUAUUUUCCAUAAAAUUCCAGUAUUUAAAAAGCAGUUUACUAUUCUGUAUUUUCUAUUGUAUCACAAUCAGGUAAAAGUCACUUUAAACUGAAGAAAAGGCAAAUUGUGUUUUAAAGCUCUUUGUAUUUCUCCAGUUUCUGACCUUGUAAAUUUGUAUAUAUACACUAAUAAAGCUUUUUUUAUACUUCUGA